AUGUAUUUGGAAGUUUUUACCAAGGAUACGUGUCAAUUGCUGGAUGCGGCGGCGAUAAGCUUGGCCUCUCUUGAAGCUGAUGAAGAGGACGUUAUUAGCGAAGAUGUCACAGAUGUGUUGUUGGAGACUUGGGCGAAUAUUUCGCUUCAGGCCGACGACGGUGUCAAGUCGAAGGAGCAUCCUCUGGCACCACAGAUCGAACAGGUCGUGAUGCACUGCAGAAAGCUCUGGAUGAAGAGUUUGCUUGAAAACGAACCGGGAGCUAACAUUCAUGUUCCCGACGACGAAGAAGACAUGGGCUUUGAAGAUACCUCUGCUGCAGAAGCUCGCCUUGCUUCCGCGGCUGUGCUACUGAGAUUCGUUUUGAACAAAAUGGCACCAAUGCUGGCUGAGUCCUUGGUACAUGCUGCUGAGGUAGUCUUCCAAUGGGGUACGAUGCGUAACAGAAAGACUUCACUUCCACUAGAUAUUUUUCAGGAAGAUCUAUUUUUUUUGAUUCUGUUGACGUGUAGUGUGCUUGCAGAUGAUGCGAAAGGCGAGCAUUCAUCGGUUCCAUGGCAGUUUCUGUCACCUGCUUCGAUUAACGGCCAUGGAAAGCCACCUAUGAACGCCAAGAUACUGCUCUCUGCUCUUUUCGAUGUAGCGCAGAAAGAGUCUCAUAUGUUGGAGACUCGAGGGGUUCAUAUCGACGAGGCCUCUCCUCGAGUUGGAGCAGCAAUACUUGAGGCACUGGCUCGAGUGACCAGAACAUAUCUCGUUCCCAUAUCUGAUGACGAGACUACAACAAAAACAGCAUUUGAGACCAUUGGUGGAAUGGAAAUCGUUGCCGUAGGCAGGGCUGGGUGCAUGGAGAAAGCAUUGGAAGGUUUGUCCGCUCGUGGUUUCGAAUGCGAUGUCGCAGAGGCUGCCGCAUCCCUCCUUUACGCUCUCUCACUUGGCACUCCAAGAUACCAUGACAUUCAAAACUCUCAAAUUUGGCACAGGCUGUUGCAAGCAGGGACAGGGGCUUAUCAAAAUCUCCCACCACCUGUGGUACGACUUGUUGGGAAGUGUCUGACGAAAGUGCUUGGAGAUAUUGUCGCCGACCAGCUGUUGCUCCCAGCAUACCAUUCUCUUCAUUCCCUCAUCGAGGAUAGAGAGAGAGAUGCAGAUGCUGCUGAACGCGCCAUAGCAACAGUGAACCUUUUGCGAGGAGCAGCGAUGUGUGAAAAUGCGGGACCGCGGACUCGUAGUGCACUGCUGCUAGCCUUACAUGCCCCAGAUGGUAUUGCGUUUAAUUGCGCGAAAUCAUUUGGCAGGUCCAGACCAGAUGUCGGGCAAUCCCUCAUCACAUUGGCAGAUGACAUUGUAAACUCCUCUUUGAUACACCUCUCCCCCGAGGAGUCACGAGAUCUCGUGGGGAACGCAAUAGCAAUCAUCAAACUUUAUUGUGAGGUCAUAUCCCAAUAUUUGAACGAAUCAAGUCGCGACGAACGUUACGAUGGCGUCCAAAGGGUAUUUGGGUUGCUGAGCAGCAUACUGACAGAAGGCUCGGACUUUGAAGUCGGUGAAGCAUGCUACGUCGGUCUGUCCUCUCUGCUUCCCAUAUUCACGGACGAAAUGCUAACUAUUCCUUCGGUAUGUGCAAAGAUGUUCAGUUUCACAACUGAUGUGGUCAUUCGGCACCCAAUGUGGUUGAGCCGAAUCCCUCCAGACAUGAGCGAAACCAUUUUGCAUCUUAUGGACCUACAACGACAAAACGCGGACUUAAAACUAGAACGAAGAAGCCUGGAAGCAGUUGCCUCUUUGGCCCGAUCGCAUUCUCGAAACCCAGAGCUCGGUCCAGCAAGCACUGUGGUUCAUGCAGCCCUUUUGAAACUGCUGAGGGUAAUCUUGGUGGGUAUCGCGAGCGGAGACGCCUUCGCAAGAAAUAUGGAUGCAUCCGCAGAUGCCUUACUUCCCCUUAUUCACGUGAGGCAAAGAGAUCAGACAUCUGCAUUUGAGGAAAUAGGUCGGGAACUCUUGUCAGGGGCGGAAAAUAGCCCUACAUUACUCGCCGCUAUACAAGAAUUGGGCCAUUCUGCAGCAGUAGCGGGUGUAUCUUUUGGCUUCAGUGGACGCGACACUUCGCACGCAAGCCCUAACCGUCUUGCGGAAUUGCAAGCUUCAAAGUCAUUUCGAGAAUCUGUCAUGCGAUUUUCUGACAUUGCUAGAAGAUGCCUUUUGUCGGUAGCAAUUGGCAACUGA